CUUUUCUUCCGUUGGUUCCAUGAGUCGAAAGCGCGCGAAAGACGCGGCGAAUUGGGCGGCACUUCUGCGGCUCACUCCAUGCGGCCUCAAUCUGACCAAGCUGAUCGCUUCGUCCGACGGGGUCAAGGCCUUCUCCACGCAGCUCCAACGGCAUUUCGAUGGGACCAAGUUCACGCAUGUUGGAGUCGGCUGGGACACGUCUCCGCAGCUGUUGGCGUUGGCAGGUGCAUUGGCAAUGCAUUGCGACUGCGGUAUCUCCCUCCUUCGCACCGAGAUCCAAAGUCGAAACGCAGGAGACGCUUCCGCUAUGUCCGUCUUGGUGCUCGUGGAAUUGGUGGAAAACGGUGACGACUUGCUAGCGACAUUGCAUCGGGCAAGCCAAAAUGUCGCGGCCCCAAGCGCUGUAGUCGGAUUUGCCGCUGUGUGUGCAAAGGAAGAGAUCGCGUUCGACGACUUGAACGUGCCAUGGUACUGCGGAUGGACCCCCAAAGGCGCGAAGAUGGAAGUCGCAACGUCCGUCUCUUCCAUUCGGCAGUUGGAAAAGUACAGGUUGCGUCAUUGCACGACGAGUUACGAAGGGAAUCAGCUAGGUGAAGAUCGGAGCGAGCAUUGGGUGGACGGGGACGUCGCCAUGUACGCCGUGUACGACGGCCAUGGCGGCGACAUCGCCGUGAACUUUAUCCACGACACCCUCGGUCGACUCGUCCAAGACGCGUUGCAUCUUCGUCAACACGACACGGCCACGAACGAGCAUGAUUUCAAAGACAAUACAGCGGUCGUGGUCGUACCGAGCAAGCGAAAGGCGUCGUCGUCAUGCCAGUCGUCGACGAAGGAGUUAUUGCGACAGUCGUAUCUUGAAUGCGACCAGCUGCUUAAAGACAAGCUGACGGCGUAUGGUCCGACGGUGAAAGCUUCCCGGGGGUACUGCAACACUGGAUCCUGUGCCGUCACUGCUGUCUUUGACGGAGAUCGACUGUACAUCGCGAAUGUGGGCGACUGCCAAGCCGUGUUAGGACUCGAGCGCGAAUGCACGCCCUUACACGGCCAGAACUUUGAAUGGGAUGCCAAGGUCCUGAGUACGUUGCACGACUGCAACAACCCCGACGAAGUCAAACUAGUGAUUGAACGCAGCAACGACCGGAAUGCGAUCCGGUUAAGCCACGACGACCAGCUUCGACACGUGGCGGAAUACGGAGGCGCGAAUAAGCGCGUCGCGGGCAGCCUCAUGGUCACGCGGGCGCUGGGCGACUGGUAUUUGAAAGCCGACGAGUUCAGUUCCAUGCCAUACAAGCCCAAAGUCCCGUAUAUCACGGCUGAACCCGAUGUGGUGGUGCACAUCUUGACCAAGCAAGACAAGUUUGUGAUUCUGGCCAGCGACGGACUGUGGGAAGUCGUACCCCCGCUCUUGGCCGUCCAAGUCGUGUCGAAUUACGUGUCGACAUCGCAACAUGUCCUCGACCACCCGAUUCCGUCGGCAAGUGCAGCGUUGGUCCACAUGGCGCUAGAAGAGGCGGCGCGAAGGGAAGGCAUGCCGAUGCACGAGUUGCUAGCGCUGGUAAAGGGGCCGGCGCGGCGGAGUGUCCACGAUGACAUUACGUGCACUGUGGUGUUUCUUGAGCACUAAUCCUUGUUGAUCCCAACGACAUCACCUGGACACUGCCACGAAUAUAAUAACCCAUCGACGUACUCGGACCUCCAAGCAACAAAAAGCUGGGGGGUUCGAUACUGGUAUUAAUUGUACGCAGUAUGCACUAGAAUUGGACAGAUUACCGUCAGUUUGCUUUGAGGAGCAUACUGUAUACACGGUAACCGAACGACCAAGUGUUAAAAACUUUGGUGGAGCUACUGUAACCCUGCGAUGUGGGGCUAAAUAUCCCACAAAUGAG